AUGUACUGGCGCACAGGAAGCAGGAAGUGGCUCUGGUCCAUCUUUGAGCUCUUUGUAAAUGAAACGGUUCCCCAGGUCCCUUCUGCAGGUGCUACUCUUAAGCUGCAGGAUUUAAGAUUUUUCUCUCUUCUUUUUUUUUUUUGUUGUUGUUUUGCAAAACGCGCUAUACCUUUCCGCGGAGAAAAAUAACGAUCGCAGCGUUUGCCCGUGACUGUAAAACAAUUUUUAUAAGUCCUGUCUAGUUCUAGGAAGAACAUGGACAGCCGGGCUUGCAGUUGGGAAAAUGUACUCAACUUGGUGCUUUGAUCGGUUUCGGAGAAAACAUUUUCCGAUCUUCAGAUUCUGUUUUACGGUAGUUGCAUAAUGACGCCAAUCUCGGACAUGUUCCACUUCACGUUUGGGACGCACGGCGACUCCGUCCUGCAGAGGAUGAACAUGCUGCGGGAGGAGAGACGCUUCUGCGACGUCACCCUGCGCAUCAGCAACUCCGAGUUUCACGGCCACAAGGUGGUGCUAGCGGCCUCGUCGCCCUUCCUCCGGGACCAGUUCCUGCUCCACGAGUCGAGGGAGGUGAACGUGUCGGUGCUCCAGAACGCGGAAAUCGGCCGGCGGCUGAUGCUGUCCUGCUACACGGGCGUGCUGGAGUUCCCCAUGAGGGAGCUGGUCAGCUACCUGACGGCUGCCAGCGCCCUGCAGAUGAGCCACGUGGUGGAACGGUGCACGCAGGCCGUCUCUCAGUACCUGGACCCCACGCUGGCCAACCUGAAGCAGGAGAGGGGUUCGGAAGACGCCUUGUCGGAGCCGGAGAGGGAUCCCGGCUCCGCGUCCGUCAGCGGGGAGGAGGCCCAGGAAGACGGCGAGUUCGACUUGGACUCCGAAGACAGCGUCCAGAUCGUCCAGACCGAGACUCUUCCGAAAAGCCCGCUGGACUGGGGGCCGGCGCCGGGCAGGAGGGCCAGGCCGUACUCUCCCGCUCUGACGCCGGAGGGUCACGUACAAGCCGACUUGGCGGACAGUUCCUUGGACCAGGACGAGGACAGUGGGGACAUUUACAUGCUCGCCGCGCACGAGCUACAGGUCCAGGGCUUGGCCUCGGGGGACCUCGCCUCGCAGGAGGGGGGUUUCCCGAAACGUUGCGGAGGGAAACCGUCCCCCACCAGCAAAGUCGUGUCGGGGGGCAGCUUCACGGAGCACGACGUCUUGCUGCAGAGGCCUUACUACUGUCGCAAGUGCGGUCGGGUGUUUCAGCACCUGGAGAACUACAUGUGCCACGUGAAGGAGCACAAGCUCUACCUGUGCCUGCUCUGUGGGAAGACCUUCUCCCAGAAGAGCAACCUCACCCGGCACAUCCGCGUGCACACGGGCUUCAAGCCCUUCGAGUGCCCCCUCUGCAAGAAGGCCUUCAGCCAGAAGGCCACACUCCAGGACCACAUCAACCUCCACACGGGGAGCAAGCCCCACAAGUGUAACUACUGCGCGGUGCACUUCGCCCACAAGCCGGGCCUGCGGCGGCACCUGAAGGACAUUCACGGAAAGAGCAGCCUGGAGAACAUGUCGGAAGAGCUCCAGGCCACCGAGGUCGACAGUCUGCAGGAAAAACAGAAGAUCUGUCUCUUUUAUGACGCUUAAAGUCCAUUAAUGAGGAACGGCCAUGGGUUGUUGGUUCGAGUCACCCUUAGACCAUCAGUUUCCGAAACAGGGCGGUGGGGAGGUGGCUCUGUGGCUGGAAGGUUGCCGGUUCGUAUCCCGUGGCCGGCAGAGGAA